GGCUUCUUCUUGUCCGAGCUCUUCCAUUUUAUGCGUCCGUUUCCUCCACGCUCCUCCAUCUUGUACGUGUCUGUGCUUCAGGCGGCGGUGCUCACUUGUGAAAGAUAUCGUGAUCUUGAACCGGAGUACCUUCGGUUGCUUUUGUUUUCCGCUGGACAAUGCGUGAUCUCAAUCAGAUCUUAGAAAAGCAGCGAGGAGACUGAAAAAUCUGAUGGAUGCAGAUCUGUUGACGCCUAGGAUGGCUAAACUUGAAUGUGAAAUGAAUGCAACGGACAAUAAGCCUAAAAGGAUGGUUUGCCAGCCUAUUAUUGGGGAGGGAAUUUUUAGAUUUGAUUGUUCUGAGCAUACGAGGGAUGCAGCAUAUCCUAGUUUUUCAUUUGCUAAUGUUAAAGAUAGAGAAGCAGAUAUCACAACGUGCAGGUCACCUGAAUAUAUUCCAGUUUACCUGCAUUCAAAUGGUCAACAGAUUGUUACGGUCGAGCUUCCAGUUGGAACAUUUUUCUAUGGGACCGGAGAAGUAAGUGGGCCACUAGAACGAACUGGCAAAAGAGUGUUUACAUGGAAUACCGAUGCCUUUGGUUAUGGAUCAGGAACUACAUCAUUGUACCAAUCACAUCCUUGGGUCCUAGCUCUUCUUCCAAAUGGAGAUGCCUAUGGAAUUCUUGCUGAUACAACUUAUCGCUGCGAGGUUGAUCUAUGUGAAGCAUCAAUGAUAAGAUUCGUCGCUCCUGCCGUGUAUCCUGUUGUGACAUUUGGCCCAUUUGCAUCUCCUUUCCAAAUUUUGGCAUCUCUGUAUCAUGCAAUUGGAAAUGUGUUUAUGCCUCCAAAGUGGUCUUUAGGUUAUCAUCAAUGCCGUUACAGUUAUGGGUCAGAUGAAAGGGUUCUUAAGGUGGCCAAAACAUUUCGUGAAAAAGGUAUCCCUUGUGAUGUCAUGUGGAUGGACAUUGACUACAUGGAUAGCUUCCGCUGUUUUACAUUUGAUCAAGAGCGUUUCGCAGAUCCAAAGUCUUUGGUGGAUAAGCUCCAUACAAGUGGCUUCAAAGCUAUCUGGAUCCUUGAUCCAGGCAUUAAAUGUGAGGAAGGUUAUUCUGUUUAUGAUAGUGGCUGCGAGAAUGACGUCUGGGUCUUGCAAGCAGAUGGAAAACCUUUUGUUGGUGAGGUGUGGCCAGGACCGUGCGUCUUUCCUGAUUUUACGCAAGCAAAAGUACGUCACUGGUGGGCUAACUUGGUUAAGGAUUUUAUCUGUAAUGGUGCUGAUGGCAUAUGGAAUGACAUGAAUGAGCCCGCUGUCUCUAAGGUUAGAACAAAAACUAUGCCGGAGAGCAACAUCCAUAGGGGGGAUAAGGAGCUCGGGGGCUGGCAGAGCCACUCACAUUAUCACAAUGUUUAUGGAAUGUUGAUGGCAAAGUCUACAUAUGAAGGAAUGAAAUUGGCUACCAGAAAGAAGCGGCCUUUCGUUCUAACAAGGGCUGGUUAUAUUGGCAGCCAAAGAUAUGCUGCUACAUGGACUGGAGACAACCUCUCCACUUGGGAGCACUUGCACAUGAGCAUACAGAUGGUUCUUUCCUUGGGGCUAAGUGGACAGCCAUUAGCAGGACCGGAUAUUGGUGGUUUUGGUGGGAAUGCAACAGCAAGGCUUUUUGGAAGGUGGAUGGGGAUCGCUGCCAUGUUUCCGUUCUGUCGUGGACAUACAGACUCUGGAACUAUCGAUCACGAGCCAUGGGCUUUUGGCCAAGAGUGUGAGGAAGUGUGCCGCUUGGCACUGUUGAGGCGCUACCAGCUUCUACCAUACAUUUAUACUCUGUUUUACAUGUCUCAUACGAAGGGUGCUCCUGUUGUUGCUCCAAUUUUUUUUGCAGAUUCUAAGGACAAGAAUUUGAGGAAAAUUGAAAACGAAUUUCUUUUGGGAUCUAUAUUAGUAUGUGCUAGCACUCUACCAGACAAAGGAUCGAACCAGAUACAGUUUGUCUUGCCAAAGGGAAGUUGGUUGCAGUUUGAUUUUGGGGAUUCACAUCCUGAUUUGCCUCUGUUGUAUCUACAAGGUGGAUCAAUUGUUCCUGUAGGUCGUCCCAUUCAGUACGUUGGGGAAGAAAGCCUAUCGGAUGACUUAAUUCUCAUCAUAGCCUUGGAUGAACACGGAAAAGCAAAUGGUAUCCUAUACGAGGAUGCUGGCGACGGAUAUGAUUUCUGUGAGGGCGAAUUCCUUCUAUCUUAUUAUGAGGCCGAACUUAAAUCUUCAGUCGUUACGGUCAGAGUAUCCAGAAGCGAAGGGUCAUGGAGAAGACCACGACGUGCUUUGCUUGUCCAUUUAUUGUUGGGCUUUGGAGCAAAGGUUGACGCUGUUGGUGUGGAUGGAGAAGAAUUGGACAUAGUUAUGCCACCAGCUUCUGAGAUCUCCAGCUUAUUAGCUGAAGCCGAAAGCCGGUAUAGAGCGAUGAUGGAAAGUGCCAACCCAAUUCCAGAUUCUCAGCCUCCGGAGCUUCUUCUAUGCAAAGGAACAGAAUUGUCGAGGAUUCCUGUUGAACUCGAGAGCAGUGAUUGGGUACUUCAUAUAGUCCCUUGGAUUGGGGGUAGAAUAAUCUCCAUGUUGCAUGCUCCUUCUGGGAUGCAAUGGCUUCAAGGUGAGAUUGAAAUUGGUGGAUAUGAAGAAUAUAGUGGAGUUGAAUAUCAGUCUGCUGGCCGCUCAGAGAAAUACUCUGUAGUUGCGAGGAAUCUUGAGCAGCCCGACGAGGAAGAAACCAUCAGUUUAAAAGGCGAUAUUGGAGGCGGACUGGUUCUUCUCCGAUGCAUUUCACUUCCAAAAGAAAAACCAGAGGUUUUACGAAUCAGCUCUAGAAUCGUAGCAGAGAAUCUUGGUCCUGGUUCCGGAGGCUUCUCAAGGGUCGUUUGUCUGCGUGUGCAUCCAACAUUUACUGUUCAGCAUCCGACGGAGGUUUAUGUUGCAUUCACUUCUAUGGUUGGGUCUAAGUUUGAAUUUCGGCCGGAAUCCGGUGACCUAACCUUUGAAGGAGACGGCCGUCCAAAUGGAGAAUGGAUGUUGGUCGAUCGACGUGCAGGUUUUGGUCUGGUUAACAGGUUUGAUAAAGACGAUGUGCAGAAAUGCAUGAUUCGUUGGAGGACAGGUAUUUGUAACUUGGAGCUCUUCUCUGCAGAAAGACCAGUUUCGAAGGAUGCUCCCUUGCAAAUUUCUCAUGAAUAUGAGGUAAUACCUCUCCAGUAGAGAGAGAGCAAUAAACAUAUUUUCAGUCAAGAACGAGUAAUCAAUCUUUGGGGCAACCUGCUCGUUCAUUUAUAUGCAUGUUUAUUAAAGAAUAAGGCCCUUCUUCCUUAGAUGCUGGGAUCUAGCAAACAUUUACUGUUGAUUCGUUGUUUACUUCUGUAUCGAAUUGUGAGAGGGGUACUGGUAUUUACCUCAUGAUUUACUGCAUGAGAAAUUGAAAGAGGCUCUCAGAAUCCUCUUGUUUUGUUGAUCAAUGGGCCAAUGAUUUUGGACGAAAUCUCACAGUAUGAGAGAUGUAUGUGAUAAUCUUCAACAAAGAGACAGGAUGAUUAAUGAAUAUGUUGCCGAAGUGGAUCGAACUUGAGACGAAAUGACAAUG